ACCUGCUGUAACAGCUGAUUCUUACUUUUAUAUCGCCUAUCGAGAGCCAUUUGUGUGUGGCUUCAGCUGAGUGGUGCUUUUGUGUGCGUGAGAGUCAAAAGUCGAGGAAAUCUAAAAGUAAAUGCAAUUAUUUUCACGCAAAACAAAGAGGCGCGGGCGUCGGAAAACAAGGCGGAAAGUAACGAGGCAGAAAAAGAACCGAGACGACCAGACACACACAUCCGGCAGAUCAUCACCGGCAGUAUCGCACCCAUAAUAGAAGCAGAAGCGUCUGGCAGAACGAUGACGAGCCGCCAGCGAACGGUUAUAAUAUUUAAAUCCGAGUCGGACAGCAGUGAUGUUUACGCGGAAACGCUGGAAAAGCACGACUUCAAUCCGGUGUUCAUCCCAACUCUGAGUUUUGGCUUCAAAAACCUGGAGCAGCUGCGCGCCAAGCUUCAGACGCCGGACAAGUAUGCCGGCAUAAUAUUUACCUCGCCGCGCUGCGUGGAGGCUGUGGGGGAGUCCCUGAAUCUCGGGGAACUGCACGGCGGAUGGAAGCUCUUGCAUAACUAUGCCGUGGGCGAGGUAACCCACAAUCUGGCCCUGAGCACCUUGGACCAGCUAUUCACGCACGGGAAACAGACGGGUAAUGCGCGGGCUCUUGGCGACUUCAUUGUGGACACCUUCGAUGGAUCCCGGGAUCUGCCGCUGCUCCUGCCUUGCGGCAACCUUGCCACGGACACACUGCUCUCCAAGCUUGCGGAAAAUGGCUUCUCCCUUGACGCAUGCGAGGUGUACGAGACGCGGUGUCAUCCCGAGCUGGGACCAAAUGUGGAACGAGCCCUUGCCACCUAUGGCGAGUCCCUGGAGUUCCUGGCCUUUUUCUCACCGUCGGGCGUCAACUGUGCCCAAGAGUACUUCAAGGCGCACAACCAAUCGAUGGACAAAUGGAAGCUGGUGGCCAUUGGACCCAGCACCAGGCGGGCCCUGGAAUCGCAGGGCCUAAAGGUCUACUGCACCGCCGAGCGGCCAACAGUGGAGCAUCUGGUGAAGGUACUGCUCAAUCCACAGGACAGCAGAGAGCGGCUGCUGAAGGAGCGUGAAAGGAUGGCGGCCCUGGAGAAUAACAAUUAAGCAGAAAUCGUAACCCUAAGUCUGUAGAGAACCCGGAGAAUCAUAAGUGGACAUUGCACUCUCCUUUAGCAAGAAGCCUAGACUUAAGGGCUUUAGGUUUACAUAUAAGCUGCAGUCUUGAGAUUUUGUAGUGACAGAAGUGCCCGGAAUAUGGCCAUAGCCAAUUGGAGCACACUUUUAGACACCUUUUAAACCAUAGCGAUUUCUAUAUUCAUAAAAUAGUGUUUAUAGUCCCGAAAACGAUAGAAAUUUUCAAAUUUUAAACACCUAAUUUAUAAAAUUUAAUUUAUAUGCUCACUGUAUGGAGAGUGCACUAUGCAUAUUUACUUUAAAACUAUCAAAUUAGAGUUCCGAGAUAGGAGAAUCCCAAAAAGACAGAAAAAUAGGAAAACUAAAAGACUAAACUAAACUAUAUUUAUUUUUUUAUUUUGUAUUGACCUCCGAACGAGAGUACAAAAUUAGCGGGCAUCAAAUGCCGGGCGACGUUUUCGAUCAAGCUGAAUAAAAUUGUUUCUAAUUUUA